AUGCAGUCUUCGCCCUCGGUAGUCAUGAACGGUCACUUUGCCUCUGUCGGCGAGAAGUCGUCGGCCGAGCAGUACGAGCAUGGCGUCCAGGUCAUCGAUGAAAACAAGGAGUUCAACCCGACCCUUUCGCAAUACCUACAACUCGAAAAUGUCAUUCCCUCAGGUUUCAACUACCACAUUAUUUCCGUCUUUGGCUCGCAGAGCACCGGAAAGUCCACGCUGCUGAACAACCUGUUCAGCACGUCUUUUGGCGUCAUGUCCGAGCAGGAGCGGCGGCAGACGACCAAGGGCAUAUGGAUGUCGAAGAACAAGCGCCAACUGGCCGACGCAGAUGGCACCAAAACCAUGGCGGACAACAUUCUCGUCAUGGAUGUCGAAGGCACAGAUGGCAGAGAAAGGGGCGAGGACCAAGACUUUGAGAGGAAGAGCGCGUUGUUUGCGCUGGCAACCAGCGAGGUCCUGAUCGUGAACAUCUGGGAGCACCAGGUGGGCUUGUACCAGGGUGCAAACAUGGGGCUGCUCAAGACGGUGUUCGAAGUCAACUUGCAACUUUUUGUCAAAGACAACAAAAAUACCCCGCGUUCUCUCCUCUUUUUCGUCAUUCGCGACCAUAUUGGCAACACCCCCUUGGUUAACCUCAAGGAAACCCUCCUCCAAGACAUGUCACGCAUCUGGAGCACUCUCUCCAAGCCCAAAGGCCUCGAGGAAUCGAAGAUCGAGGACUACUUUGACUUCGCUUUCGCCGCCUUGCCACACAAGAUUUUGCAGCCGGAGAAGUUUGUCGAAGACGUCGAGAAGCUCAGCAGGCGCUUCAAGGAAGGCUACAAGGACCCGAAGCGCGACGCUCUGGUCGACGAGCAGCAAUUACCAGUCUUCCUGCCCGAAUACCACCGACGCAUUCCCGCGGACGGCUUCUCGCCGUAUGCUCAAGGCAUCUGGGACCAGAUUGUCAGCAACAAAGACCUCGACCUGCCCACUCAGCAGGAACUUCUCGCGCAGUUCAGAUGCGAUGAAAUUGCAAAGGAGGUUCUGGUCGCGUUCAAUGACAAGAUCACGCCGCUGGAGGAAAGACAGGCAGCUAAUGCCAAGGCUGGCAACCCCGCCAUUCUCCCUGAACUGGGCGCUACUAUGGCCGAAGCGCGCGGCACCGCUUUUAAAGAGUUCGAGACACAGGCUUCGCGUUACCACAAGGGCGUCUACGCCAGCAAGUCGAAGGACCUUGGCGACAAGAUUGAUACGCGCCUGAAGGCCCUCUUCCGCGGCCAGAUCUCCGCGGCACACAAGUCCGGCGUCGACGACUUUUCAGAGGCCGUCAGCGCGGCCGUCAAGCUCGGACAGAAAAAGGGCGCCAACUACGACUUCGCGCAGAUUGUUGACAGCGAGAAAAAGAAGGCGCUGGAGAGGUUCGAGGAAGCUGCCAAGGCAAUCGUCAUCGAGGACGCAGCAUGGAGCGACUAUGCCCAAGAGAUGAACCUGUACAAGAAAGACCUCGAUAGCGUCUCGGCUCGCCUGCGCAAAGAUGAGAUGCGCCGGCUGGCCACGCGCGUGGAGCGCUGGGUACGCUCGCGUCUCAACGAAUCGGUCGGUCUUGAGUUCAACAAGCUGGGUUCUGGCCGAGGGGGUUCCGGUGCGCCAGCCGAGGGCGAGAAGGGCGUGGAGAAGGAGCUCUGGACCCGUAUAUGGAAUGUAUUCACGGAGACGGUUUCGCACGCCGAGACGCGCUUCACCGAGCGCGCGCGCAGCUUCGACGCCUCGCCUGAGGAAGUCGAGGUUGGUCUUUGGCGCCUGCGGCGUAAAAGUUGGGGCUGCCUGCGCGCCAAGAUUGACGAGGAGCUCAUGGAGGGCAAUCUUAUGCUCAAGCUUCGUGAGAACUUUGAGGACAAGUUCCGCUAUGACGAGUCUGGCGUCCCCCGCAUCUGGAGGCCGACCGAUGACAUCGAAGGCAUUUACACACGCGCCCGCGAGUCUACGCUCACGCUGAUCCCGCUCCUUUCCCGCUUCAAGCUUGCGUCUUCAUCAACGCCGCCCCCUCUCGAGGCGUGGAUCGGCCCAGCGCCUGCAUCGGUUGUGCCGGCGGACGAGGAGGACCUCACGCCGAUUGGCGGCGUGGAUGAAGAGGAGGGCAAGAGCCUCGAGGAGGAGAUGACGAUGCUGAGCGAUGCCAAGCAGGCUGAUCUCAGCGUUCGUUUUAAGAAGACGGCCGACGGCGUUUAUGUCGAGGCGAAGAGAAGCGCCAUUGGCGGCAUGACGCAGAUUCCUCUAUAUUUCUACGGCCUGUUGUUUGCGCUGGGCUGGAACGAGAUUUGGGCUGUGCUCCGCAAUCCUGUUUAUUUCAUUUUCCUCAUCAUCUGCGGUGUCGGUGCGUACGUCACGUACACGCUAAACCUCUGGGGCCCGAUGAUGCGCAUGGGCAAUGCCGCGUCUGCGCAAGGCAUCGAGGUCUUCAAGGAGAAGCUGCGCGAGUUCCUCGCGACGAGCGAGACGGGUCGCCAGGCCGUGGCCAUGUCUGGGAUGAACCUGUCGACGGAGAGCCACGAGAUGAAGAACCUCGAUCGCGGCGCUGGACGCCAGCAGGCGGGCGAGGCGGGCGAGGAUGGUGAGGGCGACGACAUUUGA